CGUCACUGUUACUGAACUCCGUUCAAGUCGUUGGCUCCGCAUCGUCGAGUCGCUGCACUCAUGCUGCACUCCCUCGCUCGCCGCCUGUGCUGUGUUCCAUCUCUGUCAAGAUGGACUUCAAUCGCACAAGCCUCAGCGCGCUCCCCUCGGAGCUCAUAUGGGAUAUUCUCCAGAACUGCCAAUCGAGUGACAGCGCCCAUCGCAUCCCGAAACGCUACUGCAGGCUCAACACUGUCUUGCGCAUUGACCGACGCCUGCGUGGCUUUUGUACGCGUCUCAUGCUACGAGAGCUUGUUCUCCCUUCGAGCACUGCGCUCGUCCGCGUCCUAGAUCAAUUCCAGCAUCAACAGAACUUCACGCACCUCGCCAACGAAGUCAGAACUAUACAGAUUGGACGCCUUACAGACACCUUCUACGUGUCGCAGGCCAACAUGUGGAAAGACCUGGCCUUCUGUCUUCCCUUUCGCCGACUACGAUCUUUCAGCUGCUGGGACGUGAGAGCCGACGUUCAUGCGCUCGCACUGUUUUGGCUAUGUCCAGACAUGACUACAUUUGAACUCGUCUGGGACCAGAAGCAGGGCCUUCCUGACUUCCGUCAUUGGCCCCUGCUCACGACGCUGCGGCUUCAUUUCACCAAAACACUGUCCUCAGAGUGGUACCCAUCGGUCUUCCCACCCUACGAAAUGCUCACCACGCUGAUGGUGUUCGAGGAAAAACACUCGCACUGGCUCUGCGGGCAUAUGCAAAAAGUCACCUUCCCUAGGCUGCGGGUUCUGAACUUGGAGCUAGCCAGCAGCCAUCCGCGAACGUUGUACCAGUUCAUCCAUCGCCACCCGACGUUGAUGGAGGUGAACAUCUCCCUGGCAUUCCUUCUCGACGACAAUGUUCUCAUCUUCGCGGGCCUCUUGAAGCUCAUCGACGGCACCGGGAAUUGGGGCAACCCCAAUGAUUCUGGCACAAGCAAUGGGGCCGUAGACAUCGUCGAUCCUCACCGCGAUCACGUACCGCACGAUGGGGCAUUCAUCACCUUCAGGACGUUUGCCUUUACUCGCGUCCCACUCUCUCCCCGGGCCACGCAAUGGCGAGACUCGAGCGGCUCAGCUGAGCCUCGGUACGCGGCUACCGGUCUCGCAAUCGAAGUCGAGGACCAGGAUGACUAUGAACAGGGGGGUCAUAAGAUCGCCCGGUUCCACGAUUUCAUGGACGAUAUGGCGCCCCUAUUUCCGCAGCUGGAGGUGCUACGCCUCGGCUACCGCACGGACUACUGGCAUUGGAGCUUCUGCGACCUCAUGCAGUCCUGCGCCGCGAGCCUUAGGAAGUGGCCGAGGUUGCGUAAGCUGUCAUUCUGUUGUGGCGACAUGGAUCGCCUUCGCUGGCGUGCUGGGGACCCUAUGCAUUUUCUGGGCCAGGUUGAGCCUCCCGUGUACGUUCCGUACAUGGUAUCGGUCGACGGAAUGGAUGACCUUUUCGCUCGACAUCACAAGAUCGAGGAAGGCGCUCCGUUCUCGUUGGAGCAACUCCGGCUGCUCCACGAACUCGCGGACGCCGAAGUUGCGCAAUUCAUAGAAGACAUCCAGGACGUACUCAACGAGACUAUCAACCCCGACGAGGUGAUGCAUGACCCUCACCUGCCGAUGCGCGUGUGGCAGGCUUUCUGCGAACGCCAGUACGUCGCCCCGGCAAUGCGUGCGUUAGCAGAGGCCUGCCCGACGCUCGAGGAGAUUGAGUGGUAUCUGGUCGGGCCUUAUUUCGUGGAGCAUGCCGUCCGUUGGCUGUGGAAGGUGUACAGGGAGCGCGACGGCAAGGGUGUGCGUCGAGUGACAGGCGAGCUGACGUACAGGGGCAGCCCAAGAGGUGACGCGCAAUCGUUCGACUGCUUGCUAGGGCAGGAGCUGGAGCAUCACGAACGACAGCGGUGUACCGUCGCUUACUAGUAGUACGUAUACAUUCAUGUCCUAGACUGCUCUGUUCAGGCCUUAGGACGCGCUCUGCCACACGAUCGUCCCUGUCAGGCGCCGUCGGUGAACUCUACAUCUUCACCUCAACUGCUACGACUCUUGGCUACUCGCUAGUCUCCGUUGCGUCCGCUCAAAAAGGGCUUGCAAGGUUGAUAACCUGGACUCACGGCCUGAUACCCGUCUCGAACGCGGCUGGGGACCGGAAACUAUGUAGAUGGUCCGACGUGGUCACGUC